UUUGCUCCUCACGGCGAACCUACAGCCAGGACAGUCAGCGCAUGUCUAUCCCGUCCCGAGAACUGCGGCAGCGAACAACCCUCUCGAAUUGCCCCUGGCCAGCCAGAUACCAGACAUCGCGGAAGUGCGAUUGCAAGAAGUCCGUCGCGGUGAAGAUGUACCCGUCGGGGCGGAGCCCAAACGGAGCGACUGGUUGAGGCUUUUACUCAGGGAAGGCUUAGUCGAUCUCAAGUACAUUACUUCCAAGCAGAUUCUCGAAGUUUCGUAUGAGCAGCGGAUCCGCCGAUACCGAGUACAAGAGCCAGAAAACAUCGAGAUGAAGCUAAGCUCUCUUUCCCUCGAUUCCACCCCUCAGAUCUGGUCUGUGAACUGGGAUACGGUCGUCACUAUCGUUCCUGAAUCUGCCAGCGACAAAGUAUUCGAGGAAAACGAGCAAGAAGUCGCCUACGGCUCUGUCGGUGGACUCGACAAACAGAUAUCACAGAUCCGGGAUCUGCUCGAAAUUCCACUGACGCGACCGGAGCUUUUCAGGCACUUUGGUCUGAAGCCUCCACGCGGGAUUUUACUGCAUGGACCACCGGGCACCGGCAAAACUCAUCUGGCCCGGGCGAUCGCAGCGUCGACCCAGUCGUCUGUCUUGGUGGUAAACGGGCCCGAGCUGUCCUCCGCCUUCCACGGGGAGACGGAAUCCAAGCUACGGGAUGUGUUCAAGGAGGCUCAUGCGAAAAGCCCGUGCAUCGUUGUCCUGGACGAAGUCGAUGCUCUGGUACCCCGCCGCGAGGACGGUGCUGGGGGCGAGGUUGAAAAACGGGUCGUCGCCACUCUGUUGACACUGCUCGACGGGAUGGACAGUGGCGAGGAAUCCAGAGUGGUGGUCAUCGGGACGACGAAUCGACCAAAUGCGAUUGAUCCUGCUCUGCGACGGCCAGGUCGAUUUGACCGCGAGAUCGAAAUCGGGGUCCCUGAUGUGGAGGCGCGAUAUCUGAUACUGCAAGUUCUGCUGACGAAAACACCACACUCAGUGUCGGACGCUCAACUACGAGCCAUCGCAUCCCGGGCCCACGGAUAUGUGGGUGCAGACCUAGGCGCCAUGGUCAGAGAAGCGGGAACUAUUGCAAUCAAGCGUUGGCUGGCAGGCGGAAGCAAAGGGACACUCACGCUCUCCCCUGAAGACUUGGAGACGUCAAUGCCCCUGAUUCGACCCUCUGCUAUGCGAUCUGUGUUUGUCGAGGCACCUCCAGUAACCUAUUCUCAGAUCGGGGGCCAAGCGCCUGUGAUCCAGAAACUUCGUGAAGCUGUCGAAUGGCCUUUACUUCAUCCGGAGAGCUUCCAGCGUCUUGGCGUUCGUCCUCCCAAGGGUGUGCUCUUGUAUGGUCCCCCUGGUUGCAGCAAAACAGUCUUGGCACGGGCUUGUGCCCACGAGUCCGGUAUCAAUUUCAUCGCUGUCAAGGGUCCUGAGGUGCUCAACAAAUUCGUGGGCGAGUCCGAGCGAACAGUCAGGGAAAUCUUCCGGAAGGCGCGGGCUGCCUCACCAGCCAUUAUUUUCUUUGACGAAAUCGACGCUCUUGCCACCUCGCGUUCAUCUGACAGCGACGCCGGUUCAUCCCACGAGGGUGUGCUGACCAGCCUCUUGAAUGAGAUGGAUGGGGUCCAAGAACUCGUCGGAGUGACCAUCCUCGCUGCGACCAACCGACCGUACGCAAUCGACUCUGCAUUGAUGCGUCCAGGACGUCUGGAUCGCUUGCUAUAUGUCGGACCGCCAGAUCAAUCAGGCAGGGAGGAAAUCCUGAAGAUAAGGAUGAGAUCUAUGAGCAUCUCCUCCGAUGUCGAUGUUGGCGAGAUUGCUCAAAUGGCCAGUUUUCCUAUAUCUAUUUGUGCAAGUCGCUCACGCCUGACUUGUCUUAGACGGCUGGAUGCUCAGGCGCAGAAAUCACAGCUCUGUGCCAAGAGGCUGCCCUGCUGACUAUGCGAGAGGACAUGGAAGCACAAGCCGUCCCGCACGCAGCGUUCGUGAAAGCAAGCCUUGAGAUAAAACGCCAGAUCACAGCAGACGUUCUCCUCAAGUUCGAGCGAUGGAGAGCAUCCUUGUAGCGUAGCAGCCUUGUCAUCGUUGUUGUAGGAUCACGGCACGUCCACAAAUCAGGGAAUGUUUGUUACCGCUUGAAA